CAAACGCAUGCGCAAGUUGAGUUCCUGCUGAUUGUUGAUCGCUGUCAUCGUAGACUCAAAGCUGAAGAUUUUCAGUUAUAACAACAAAUGAAGACUAUUCGGGAUAUUCUGUGUUAGGGAAGCCCGCCAUCACGAAUUGUUUUGCCAGAUGCGAUGUGUGAACUGCAGGCCACCUUGGAGUUCUCGGUGGAGCUCAACAAGUUCUACAAUGUAGAUCUCUUCCAGCGGGGCUAUUAUCAAGUAAGAUGUGCCCUGAAGACGCCACCAAAAGCCCCUGCCAAGACGGAAGUGAGCAUCACCAAGUCUCCAGCCAGCCAAGGAGGUAACCAGAGUCUGUCCGCCACUAUCAUCAAUGAUGUUGCAGUCAGCAAGACGUUCCAGAUUCUGUACCGCAACGAGGACCUCCCUGUCAAUGAUGUGUUCUUGUACCGGAUACACACAUUAGUUGACAGUACCAAGCUGCUGGACAGCUUGGAGAGGUUGGAUCUGCAGCUGGCUGUGGAGCUGUGGUUCGGGGACGAGGAAAACGGGUCGGUGCUGCAGGAGAAGAUGGAGUGUGUGAGUGUCCGCACCCUGCAGCUUCACUUCCAGCCCACCAAGGGUGUGCACCACCACGUCCCCAUCCUGUUUGACUACUUCCAUCUGUCCACCGUCGAGGUCAGCAUCCAUGGAACCCUCAUCGCUAUACAUCAGCCAUAUCUCAACAUGCCUCGACCCCCCAAGACGGCAUGGGCCAACAAGUGUGCUGACCAGUCUACCCUGGAGGCAGUGUACUUCGGUCAGCGACCGCCCACAGGGGCACCGUCCCCGAACGUGACGAGGAAGCAACAGGCCCAUCUGACCCACAAACUCAUCUGUAACAUCCUCCUGUCCUCCUACGAGAGCCUCCAGGCUCACCUCAUGAUGUACAUCAACAAACUGCCGGCUUCCACCAACUUCAAACUAGAACCUAAAGAUUGUCACGCCAGAUUAGAAAAAGUCCUCAUCAAUAUUUUGCACCUGGACGACGAGGAUGACAUGCUACAAACAGUCAUCACGGACAUCACCCAGCUGUGUGCCGAGAAUGUCAUCUUGUGGAACCAGUUCCUGGAAGUGGUCACCCUGAGGCCCCAGAUCCAGGAGUACCUCGCCCAGGAGCAUCACACAGCCAGGGUGAAGAGGUUUGCAGAGGCCUUCUUCACAUUUGAGUAUCCGAAGAUCACAUGCCUGUCCUGCUACGAACCAAGCAUCCAUGGCCAUGCUGACCUUGCCAGCCUUGUCAAGAACUCCGUGUAUUUCCAAAGCAUUCCAUCCCUGCCCGUGGAAUGUACAGACCUUGAUGGUGACUUCAACUCCUUGCCCAUCAUCUUCGAGGACAUCUACCAUGACCAGUGGCAGAACUCAUAUGAGCUGGCAAAGAGGAAGAGUAGUAUUAUCCGUCAGAAAACAGAGGAAGAGAAGGAGAAAGAAAAAGUCAGCAAGUCUGAUUCGAGUUCCACCGUGAAUUCUCAGACCAGUGAUCAAGGCACCUCCCCCAAUAAGGUGUGGGUCAAGUCACGGAAAAAGUUCAUCAAAAAUAUCAAACCUGAAGCUUUCCGGAGGCCUUCUUCGUACUCCUGCAGCGAGGCCGAGCUGAAUGUCCACGGUGAUGCUAAGGGCGCUGUGGCAACGCCAAACAAAGACGCUCAAGGUGUGACAUUAGUUGGGUAUCGGAAGAAAGAGCCGUUCGAGUUGGACUCAGUUGGGGUUCAACUGGGCACGCUCAGUCCAGCCACUGGGUUGUCCCAGCCGAAUCUGGCGAGUCCAUCGACCUACUCGUUCAAUUCGGUGUCCAUGCCUUCAUUGUUUGUACGGUCCUGCUGGAGUAGGACAAGUGUUAACUCGCUACCUGACUUGACUGAUUUAUCUAAACAUAGGGGUGACACGCUCGAAACACUUAAACACAAUUUAUCUCUUAAGAAUGGAAAUGCACAUGACUCCAACCAUGCUCGCUCGGUGUUCAAGGCACACAGAUCUCACACUGCUCCCAUUCCAGAUCAAUCCGGCCAAAACUUACCAAAACAAGAUAAAUCCAGUUCUGCUAGUGAUAGUGCUAAUGGUUCCAAGUCAACUGAGACACAGGGGUCAAAAGGUCACUCAUCUAAUUCACCAGGUACCUCAGCGAAGUCAGUUCGACAAACUUUAGAUUUUGAUAAAACAUGUUAUGACAGUUUAGCUGAAGGAAUAAGUCAGGCUUUGGGCGAGAGGGAAGAGAAAGUUUCUGUAAGUUCUGAUAACGAGGACAAACAAGACAGUGAUACCAAUGUUGCUAAUGGUUACGAUGAAUUCAUGGAAUCUAAUUGUGGUGCCAAGGGAGAUGUGGAUGUGUCGAAGACAGAACCUGCGUCUGCCGCCUUAAGCGUACAGCAGACGGCUCUCGUCACCAGCGGUGUGGAUAGUGCCUUAGGAAGUGAAAUCUCGUUACAAGAUGGCGCCACUGUGGUCGAGACUGCAUCGACUGUGUCUAAAGAUAGUGGUUUGAACAUGAAAAGUGACGUCACGUCCGUCAUCAUUGUAGAUGAUGGCGACACUGCAUCAGUUAUGUCUGAGACCUGCAAUAGCAGUAAGAUAUCAAUCCUUGAACUUCUCAAAGAAGAAUAUGCAAAAUCCAAUCCGGGUGAGAAAAUACAUUUAUCGGAUGAGCAUUUAGAUAUAAGUACCUCCGUGAAGUCCAAUCUGGGCUGUCAUCGAGCGUCAAGCGACACCGACAUCAUCCGCAACAUUGAAGAGGAGAAGUGGAAGGAGGAGACGAGUAUAGCAGGUGUGGUGAUGAGGCGCAGUGACGGCAUUCCACAGCCUCGUGGCCGAGUCCUCUCAUCAUCGUCAUCCUAUCCGGAGUUGAGCAGGUAUGGCGAACCAGAGAAACCCAAACUGGUGUCCGCGAUUGGCCACAACACCGUAAACGACAUAGAUACCAAUGACAGUUUCGUCACGUUGAGGGAGCGCAUGAAGCUGGAGAUGAAGUACCAGGGACACCUGUACAGCGAGGCAUCCCAGCUGGCAUCCUGCAUGCCAUACUUCCAGGUCCCCGACAUCCUGGACGAUGGCGGCCAGGACGGCAUCCACCUCAUCGUGUGUGUCCACGGCCUGGACGGUAACAGUGCGGACCUGCGGCUGGUGCGGACGUACAUUGAGAUGGCGUUGCCUGGAUACAAGUUGGAGUUCCUCAUGUCAGAGAGGAACCAGCUGGACACAUUCGCGGAGUUUGAAGUGAUGACCGUACGUCUGGUGGAUGAGAUCCUGUCCUACAUCGACAUCUACGGACUUCAUCUUGCUAAGAUCAGUUUCAUUGGUCACUCUCUUGGAAACAUCAUCAUCCGCUCGGCACUGUCUCGACCGCAACUCACUCACCUGCUGCCGAAACUGUACACCUUCCUGUCGCUGUCCGGCCCCCAUCUUGGAUCCAUCUACAACACGAGCGGCCUCGUCAAUAUGGGGAUGUGGUUCAUGCAGAAGUGGAAGAAGUCGGGGUCACUGCUGCAGCUCAGCAUGAAGGACCAUCCGGACCCGCGCCAGUCCUUCCUCUACAAGCUCAGCUGCAAGCCAGUUCUCCAACACUUCAAGCAUGUGCUGCUGGUUGGGUCCAAUCAGGACCGCUAUGUGCCAUACCACUCUUCUCGCAUUGAAUACUGCAAGGCUGCUCAGCGAGAUGGUGGACUUAUGGGGUCGGUGUACAAGGAGAUGGUGGAGAACAUCCUGAAGCCCGUGGUGGACAACCCAGGAUGUAAGCUCAUCCGCUACGAUGUGUUCCACGCGCUGUCCAGCACCGCCAACACCAUCAUCGGACGUGCUGCCCACAUCGCUGUCCUUGACUCCGAGCUCUUCAUCGAGAAGUUCCUUGCUGUUGCAGCUCUCAAAUACUUCAAAUAGGAGCAACUGUCAAAGAGGGACAGUUGCAAUCUGAAAUGGCUAGUUUGUACGAGGCAGGUGCCCCGUGGAUACAAGAAAUCUGUGAGGAUGUAUGACGAUGUUAGAUAUGGCAGUUCAUAACAAGAUGGCAUCUAGAAAUGACAGUCCUUACAAUUUUGAGAAACCUGUUCGGUACUUAUAUAUUUACAUUUAUUUUUACUGAAUAUUUGACUCUGUUAUAUUAGAAUUUUGUGAUACUGGUUACAUUUUAUAGACAUUCUAUAUGCAUGCUUUACUCCGUGAAUAUCAAUGGUCCAGAGACACAUGAAACCUGUGAGGGCUUGCUGGGGACGAGGAAGACCUAUAAUCCUCAUCAGCUGAGAGGUGUUGGGGUCCAGCACCUGUGGUGAAGCCUGUUCUUCACACUCCCUGGGGUGGGAGGAUUGCGGAAAUGACAAAGAAACGCCUCACUCACCCUCAGAGCAGGAGCAGGUUUCAGUGAUAGCUCGAGACUCAAGAUAUUCAUCCUGUGGUUGUGUUCAUUUUAUCUCUAAGAUCGUUUAGAUGAAGGCAGCCAUAUUUGUUCUGAGAUCUAUUGAUCUUCAGUAAGAAGGUGUAUUACAGCUUGUUCAUGAUCAAGUUUAUGACAAGAUGUGCGUUCCACUGAGUUGUCGGACGUUCCGUCUCACUGUUUUUAUUUAAUCUUUACAUAACCACUGACUGGCUGAAUAUAAUAUUGCAGUUCCGAUUACAUGACUUUCUUGGGUGACGAAGUAUCCGCUAUACUAGUACCCAACUUGACCUUGGUACUUGGGUUCACCUCUUGCGUUCACCUCCCCUGCCCAGGGGACGAGGCUCGCAACAAAGUCAUCCGCUCACCAUUAUUUUAGAAACAUGUCGUAAACGCAGCAAGUACAAUAUUAAGAUAUCUCAAUGUCUUAUUCCUGGUAUCAUUCUAGUUUCAAGAUUAUUUUCUUUCGAUCACUGCAUUUGAAAUCAUAUGAGUUAUUAUACCGGGUGUUUCCACUGAGUCCUAGGAGCAAACGAAGGUUGGGGGCAUUGUUAUUUCUGGAAUAUUUUACAGGAAAAUGGCACACAAUAAUACUGAUUCCUGCUUUCACAGAAGAUUCUUGUAACUGAAGGUGUGGUUAGAAUUGUCAAUAAUCCUGCUAAUAAUCUGUCACAGCACAAUUACCUUUUUGACAAAGUUUAUAAUCUGGUCGCUCCAACCCAAGAAUUCCCCUGAAUCAAACAAUGCAGGUUAUUCUUAAUGUUUCAAUCAAAGCACACACUCGCCUGGGAUGAUGCAUGUUUUGAUGCACUUGGAAAGAGAUGCUUGUGUUGACACUUUGUCCAUCUAUUUCCAUUUGUAUCCAGGUGGUCUGUUUAAUGUCCACUGUCUUUGUUAAAUCAACUGAGGGGUAUUUUUUUCCAAAAGUUCAAUAUUACAUUUAAGCAGCAUAUUCAAUCAAGAAUGUAAUUCUUAAUUUACAGAAAAAUGGUAGUUUAGAUAAUGGGAGCCAUAGCAUGUAUGAUGGCUUUUCUGAUUGCCUUGACGAUAAACCACAAGGGUUGGCCCCUACCUCUAACUGUCUGAAGCCACGUGAUGGGGAGGGCGUGGGAUGAAUUAUUAAGGGGUGGAAUGAACGAGUAGGGGGCGGGAUGAAGGAGAAGGGGUGAGAGGGGGCAGGAUAAAAGAGUAGAGGGUGUGAUAAAAA